CACCGUUUAAAACCCACACGUGAACACCCAGCCGGUAAGACAUUCGCAGCUGAAACCAACGUCAAUUUAUCCCAGCACAAAACUUAUUUACUCCAAUCUUACGAGCCCUAACUUUACGCCAAAUUCACAAUCCUUUCCUAUUCUAGGGUUUUAGAUUUUCAAUUUGUUGCUGUUUGUAUGUUAACAUACAAUUGUUUGACGGAAAUUCUUCCUAGGGUUUGGAGAAAACCCUAGAUCGCUUUCAUUUUUCAGCAGUAAUGGGUGCUUUAACGAUUAAUCGGAACAAGCGCGACGCAGAAUUUCAAACUUUAUCGCCAUCUGUGUACGGUUACAACUCUCUACACGUUGCGAAGAAACUCAAAUCAUCAUCUUGGUCUUCGCCUCACAUUGCUCCAACGAAAACUUCAAGAAGUUCGGUUUCCAGGCUCAGCCAAUAUCCUAAGCCGGUAACCCCGAUCAAUAGAGAAGUUCAUGCUCCUUGUAUAGUUGUUAGUGGAUUUACUUCUACUGUGAAAAGACUGAAUGGUGGUUAUAGUGGGAUUGUUAGACAAAAAUCUUACAUUUCGGGUGAAAAUAUGAAUGAUCUGUUUUCGAAGUACAAACACGCGAAGGAAUCUGCAAUUGGUGCUUGCAGACUUGUUGUGUUUGAAAAGCAGGAUAUGACGGAGGUAAUUGAUGUUGAUAAAGAGGAGAAUUUUAAAUAUGACAAGGCUGCUUCUCGGAGUUCUAGUGUUGAGGAGGUUGAAAUGGUGAAAGAUGCGAUAAAACACAUUCAUAGUUCAGGGGAGGUACAAGAAAUAGCAGCCAAAUAUUGGGAAUUGGAUCAAAAGACACCCUCAACUUCUUCUGAAGUUGUAUCUGAGUUGACAAAUGGUAAGAUGUUGGAAUCCUUGUCUUUGGACCGGGGUUCAGAUAUCGGUUCCCCUUUUCAUAAGAAGUUGUAUGAAUCUGCAAAAAGGAGUGAUUCAAAAUUGAGGAGGAUAAAUUUUGAUAUUGAGUUACUAGAAAAAAGGAGAGCUUUAUAUCAACAAUCACAUCCUGCUAAGAAAAAGGAGGAUUUAAAUGACCCUUUUAGACCUCUUACAGAGGACGAAGAGAAAAUGGUUGAUAAUGCACUGUCUUAUUCUAAUCGGAGGAAGGCUUUUGUCAAUCAUGAAAACUCAAAUAUUACAAUCACAGGGGAAGUUCUACAAUGUUUGAGACCUAAGGCAUGGUUAAAUGAUGAGGUCAUCAAUGUUUAUCUUGAGUUGCUAAAGGAGAGGGAAACUAGGGAUCCCCAAAAGUUUUUGAAAUGUCAUUUCUUCAACACAUUUUUCUACAAGAAGUUGAUAAGUGGAAGAACAGGGUAUGACUAUAAGUCAGUUAGAAGAUGGACUACACAGAAGAAAUUGGGAUAUGGUCUUCUUGAGUGUGACAAGAUAUUUGUUCCCAUUCAUAAAGAAAUACACUGGUGUUUAGCUGUUAUCAACAAAAAAGAAGAAAAAUUCCAGUAUCUUGACUCACUUGGAGGGGCUGAUAAGAAAGUAAUGAAAAUGUUGGCCACAUACAUCACUGAUGAGGUGAAGGACAAGACUGGAAAAAACAUUGAUGUCAGUUGUUGGAAGCAAGAAUUUGUCACUGAUCUUCCUAAUCAAGAAAACGGGUAUGAUUGUGGCAUGUUCAUGAUAAAAUAUGCAGAUUUUUAUAGCAGGGACAUUGGAUUGUGCUUCAAUCAGGAGCAUAUGCCAUAUUUUAGAUUGAGAACUGCCAAGGAGAUACUGAGAUUGAGAGCUGAUUGAUAAUAUUCAUCACAUCAUCUCUCUAACCACCAGUUAUUGGAGUCUGCAAGGAAGGAUUCAAAUUUACCAAAAUGACCUUGUGAUCCCGAAUCUGAUCAAGUACU